CUGACUCCGGAAGUUUGUGUUCUGUCUUCCGAACAGAACAACGCCAAGGAUUGUUGUUUGGCGCCUUUGCGAGGCCGGUAUUUUCUGAAAAAUUGCGUUAAAAUCGUUGCUGUAAGUUAAAAGUGAAAAAUAGAAGACCAAAAUCGUAAAAUGGGAGAUAAAGGCGACGGAGAAACGUUCGACGAUGCGGUGGAGGAGCGCGUCAUCAACGAGGAGUACAAGAUUUGGAAGAAGAACACACCGUUCCUGUACGACCUGGUGAUGACACACGCUCUGGAGUGGCCGUCGCUGACCGCGCAGUGGCUGCCGGACGUGACCCGGCCGGAGGGCAAAGACUACUCGGUGCACAGAUUAAUCCUUGGUACCCACACAUCAGAUGAACAGAACCAUCUCCUCAUAGCAAGUGUUCAGCUCCCCAACGAAGAUGCUCAGUUUGACGCCAGUCACUAUGAUAAUGAUAAAGGAGAAUUUGGAGGCUUUGGUUCAGUAUCAGGUAAAAUAGACAUAGAAAUCAAGAUAAACCACGAGGGUGAGGUGAACAGGGCGCGCUACAUGCCCCAGAACCCCUGCGUGAUCGCCACCAAGACCCCCUCCUCUGACGUGCUGGUGUUCGACUACACCAAGCACCCCUCCAAGCCUGAGCCUUCAGGAGAAUGCCAUCCAGACCUUAGAUUGCGCGGGCACCAAAAAGAAGGCUAUGGAUUGUCAUGGAACCCUAUACUUAAUGGAUAUCUCCUCUCUGCUAGUGACGAUCACACAAUCUGCCUGUGGGACAUCAACGCCACCCCGAAGGAGGGGCGCGUGAUCGAGGCCAAAUCCGUGUUCACCGGACACACGGCCGUGGUGGAGGACGUCGCGUGGCACCUGCUCCACGAGUCGCUCUUCGGCUCCGUCGCCGACGACCAGAAGCUCAUGAUUUGGGACACCAGGUUAUUAUCCAACAAUACCUCGAAGCCCUCGCACACGGUGGACGCGCACACGGCCGAGGUGAACUGUCUCAGCUUCAACCCCUACUCAGAGUUCAUCCUGGCCACCGGCAGCGCUGACAAAACGGUGGCGUUGUGGGACCUCCGUAACCUGAAACUCAAGCUGCACUCGUUCGAGUCGCACAAGGACGAGAUCUUCCAGGUGCAGUGGUCGCCGCACAACGAGACCAUUCUCGCCUCCAGUGGCACCGAUCGCAGGCUGCAUGUAUGGGACCUGUCGAAGAUCGGCGAGGAGCAGACGGCGGACGACGCGGAGGACGGGCCGCCCGAGCUGCUGUUCAUCCACGGCGGCCACACCGCCAAGAUCUCCGACUUCUCCUGGAACCCCAACGAGCCCUGGGUCAUCUGCUCCGUGUCCGAGGACAACAUCAUGCAGGUAUGGCAGAUGGCGGAGAACAUCUACAACGACGAGGAGCCCGAGACGCCCGCCUCCGAGCUCGAGUCCGGCGUCAACGUCAACCAUGGAUAAUCUACGUCACACUAGUCGCGAUGUGAACCUUAUCGCAACCAGAUAAGGUACAUUUUUGGUUUCAAUGUGUCUUCUGCGGCGCGACUUUGUGAACCUUCUGGAACACUCAAACUGUUAUUUUAUCAAUAGAAAAUUGCGUGUUGCACUGACUGCCGUCUUGCGUAGUAGAAUAUACCUAGGGGAGUUACAUAAACAUUAACAAUUCAUAAUACAAAGAAAAUUCUAGUAUUAUAAGUUGGAAAUCGUUAUGCAACUUAUUUUGGAUGUACCUAGGACCUAUGCCACUGUACAUUUAGUUCUACAUGUUUGAAAACAGGAAUGGUCAGAGGAUGAUGAUAAGUAAGGAGAGAUGAUAGUGCGUGAGACUGAUGCAAGUAUAAUUUUGGAUAAGAAAGUUGGUAUAAUAUUUAACCAGCGGCAUGUCCAUUGUCACUUUUUAUGCCAAGUUGUUCUGUUGAUACUGAAAGUUUAAUUUACUUGUUUCAAUAAAAUUAUUUGCUGUCGAGACGGGCAAGCAAAUCGUUCACAACGUCGUGCUAGCAAACUUAAAAGCCCGCAACAUACUUCGCUAAUGUCUCAUUUCGUUUGCGAUAUUAACAAAAGAAAAGAGACUAUAAGUGCAGUGCUAGUUCUAUGUUACGAAGACAUGAAAGGACACAUACUGGCGAAAAGCCUUUUCAGUGUAGCUACUGUGAUUACAAAUGCAGUCAGAAGUCAAACUUACAACAACACCUGAUGAUACAUACUGGGGCGAAGCCAUUUCAGUGUAGCCACUGUCAUUACAAAUGCAGCCAAAAGUCACACAACAACACCUUGAUACAUUCUGGGGCAAAGCCAUUUCAUAGUAGCCACUGUGAUUACAAAUGCAGCCAAAAGUCACACUUACAACAACACCUGAUGAUACAUACUGGGGCGAAGCCAUUUCAGUGUAGCCACUCUGAUUACAAAUGCAGUCAGAAGUCAAACGUACAACAACACCUGAUGAUACAUACUGGGGCGAAGCCACUUCAGUGUAGCCACUGUGAUUACAAAUGCAGUCAGAAGUCAAACUUACAACAACACCUGAUGAUACAUACUGGGGGGAAGCCAUUUCAGUGUAGCCACUGUGAUUACAAAUGCAGCCAAAAGUCACACUUACAACAACACCUGAUGAUACAUACUGGGGCGAAGCCACUUCAGUGUAGCCACUGUGAUUACAAAUGCAGUCAGAAGUCAAACUUACAACAACACCUGAUGAUACAUACUGGGGGGAAACCAUUUCAGUGUAGCCACUGUGAUUACAAAUGCAGCCAAAAGUCACACUUACAACAACACCUGAUGAUACAUACUGGGGCGAAGCCACUUCAGUGUAGCCACUGUGAUUACAAAUGCAGUCAGAAGUCAAACUUACAACAACACCUGAUGAUACAUACUGGGGCGAAGCCAUUUUAGUGUAGCCACUGUGAUUACAAAUGCAGCCAAAAGUCACACUUACAAAGACACUUGAGGAUACAUACUGGGGUGAAGCCAUUUAAAUGUAGCCACUGCGAUUACAAAUGCACUAAAUCGAAUUUUAAAAAAUACCAGAGGAUACAGCCUCGAGAAAAGCCUUAUAUUUCGCCAAAUACUGCGAAGUAUGUUGAGGGCAAAAUAUAUAUGCAAAUCUGCGCUACAACUUGAGGUCAAAAAUUGACAUCAAAACUGACAAAAAAAUUUAAUGUUUGAUCAGAAGAAUGUACAUGAAUUUGCAAAACGCAUAAUGUCAGAUGUUAGUUAUCUUUAAAAUGAGAUGUUAGGGUAUUUAAAAAAUGAGAAAAAAAAAACAAAUUUGUUGUGUGUAACGAUGUAAUUAUUUAUUUAUAUCCGUUUGUGCGUCGGGAUUCAGGCUAUAUGUUAAUUUUGUGUGGCUGAAACCAGAUGAAUCUAUAAGUUUUAAUGCUAAGGUUGACUAGCCGUCAGGAGUGGCCAGUGCGCACAGCCGCAAUCAAUCAUCCAAAUAAGCAUGCAUUUUUGUGAAAAUGAAGGGCACGAAAUUUUAUGUCUCUUAAUUAAUUCAAAAGCACGCACAUUUUUUUAUAUGACGAGGGGAAUUGAAAGUUUUAACAUUGUUCCUACAUUUAAUCCAAAUGACGUAAACGUCUCUCGAUUCCUUUUGAUUUAGUCAUAUACAAUCUGUUCCAAAUUAAUGAUUUCGAAAAACUAGAAACUAUAAGAGAGUUCGUUUAGUUAGCUAGUUAAUAUUAACAACGGCUUGCAAGUUCGUUGUGUUGGGUACCUAUCGGUUACUCAAGAAGUCAAAAAAAAAAAAUUGUGAAUGGUUAAAAGAAUAAUUGAAAAUUUAACUGUCUUAGCUAGAAAGUUCAAAAUGUAACAGAAGUUGUUAUACCACUAUCGAUUGACAUGUAUAUUUUACGUUGUUUCUGCAGAAUGUAGCGCAUAGUUAAAGGCCGAGCCACACCGGCUUGCGUGUGCGUGACGUGCGCGUGUGCGUGCGCUAAAAUGUUGGAGCCGCACACGCACACGUCACGCAAGCGGUGUGCCGUCUCUCAUAAGGAUCUGUAUACUACAACGCGGCACGCUCACGUGCACGUCACGCACACGCAGCCGGUGUGACCAGGCCUUAAAUGUUAGCAGUGCAAUUGGUACAUGUUUAAAAUAUUAAGCGUAUUUAAUUUUUUCAUUUUACAUUUUUAGAAUUUUUGUUAGAUGUAACGAUUUUUCUUGUAGUUGUUCUUUAUGCAUGCUGUUGAGCUGUUGCUCAUUUCGACUCGUUUCAAUUUUUGCCGUAUCUGAACAGGAUUUUACUCCUAAAAUGGACCUAAAACCAGUGUGUUGUGUUAAUUCGUCGUAAACAUCAAACAGUAUAUUUACAAUACGUACACAUAGUUAACCUGCAAUAUCCAUGUUAGCGUUAGUUUUAAUAGAAGCUUAUCAUUGAAUAAUCUGGAAAAUGUGAGAAAACUGAUUUAAUCAGAGGCGCGAGGAUUGAUUGCGACAAUUCCGCAGAAUUCUAAUCUCUAUAGUUCGUUUUUUUUAGCAUUAGAAAGAACUCCGCAGAAGCAAGCGUGCAGUUUUUAUCAGGCUCGUUAAUUGUUAAUAAUUAUUGAAUUAUCUAAUGUAGCAUGGUCAAUACAUAUAAUUUACUUCAAAUUGUUACCGCUAAAAGUGCCAGAUUUAGAACCACAAGCGAACUUCUGCUGAAGUUCUUUCUAAUGCUAAAAAAAAACGGACUAUACGGUCUAAAAAGUUUUAAUGUGGUUCAUUAAAUUUUGUAACUAAAGAAAAUUAAUAAUAGUACAUUACCACAAAUACCUGAGAAGAAAUAAUUGCCAUAAUUGUUUUAUCUCCCUGCUAUUAAAACGGCACUAUAUUCCUGGCAGGACUGAUGUUACUAAGCCAUGUUUUAGCGGCCAACCAUCUAUAACACUAGUCAAGUUAUCACGCAAUCGUUUUCUUCCUGGUCUUUUUAGUAAUAUACUAUCAGGGAAUAUAUAUAUGGUCCUGGGAGACACAAAUGAAACCGUCGCCAAGAUACCGCGUCACGAAAUCUCAUUUUAUUUAUUAACUAAUCCGUACUAGGAGGAUUCCUUCAGAUUUGUGUUCUCUGUACAUUUCUCGGGUGACGCAAGUGAAUGAGGGUGUUUUAUAAUGUUAAUGCAGUAAUGGAUGAUAAUUUUAAGUUCCGCUAUUAUUACGAAUAAAAGUAAGAAAUAUGUAA